AUGGAUAUCCAACAACGAGGGCGCUCUCCCUCUACGGGCCAGCGCAUUCAUAAAGGACACUCACCCUCGCCCAGCCCACACGCGCCAUUCCAGCAUCAGCACAACGCAAACUUGGGCUUCGAAGCUAUCCAGGACCCGUCCUCGUACGCCGUCACCAGCGCGGGGCUAAACAACGCGCAGUUCCUUACCACCACCCAGGGACAGCCCUUUUCGCAGCAAACUUCCUUUGCCGAUCCGGGUUUCUUCCAGACGACACAGAGUAUUUCUCAGCACAAUACGCCUCAAUUUGGCCCCCAAGGCAGCAAUAAUAUCUCGCCUGACCCACUUGACCUGACCAACACAAACAAUCCCGACUUCAACUUCUUCCAGAGCAACGCCCUCGGCCAGAACCAAUCGCUGUCGUCGUACCUGGGAAACACACUCGAUCCGCAUCUGCUCGAAACGCAGUCGCAACAAAAUCAGUCGGUCAACCCAUCCGAGCUCAUGCACCAGAUGGCAACCGCACAACACAACGCGCCUACCCCGCCACACCUCCUGCCAAACAUGAACAGCCACCAGAGCCCAAGUCCACACGCGUCUCCGAACAUAAAUCAAGGUCCGUUCAGGCCUCCAGGUCACUCGCGCAACACGUCCUUGGACCCCAGCGCUGCGUAUGGAACAGAGUGGGGGCAGAUGGCAGGCGCAAGCUUCGGAGGUCAUAGGUCUAGGGGAAAUAGCGAUGCCGCCUUUUCCGACGUCGCUUCCUCUGUACACAACUCUCCCUACCUGCAACAGCACGACAGCUUCGACAAUGACCAGCCGUCGCCGCUCCUCAACGCGCAAAAUGACCCACAGCUGUUCCAGGAUCCCGUCCCAGGCUUUGACAGAUUCAACUUGAACAGCGGCAAUGCACACCUCAGCGCGGGCAACAGUCCACACAUCUCGCCUCGUCUGCUCCCGCAGAAUCAGCAGGUGCUACCCCAGUUUCAGCCCGAGACAUUCGGUCUGAACCAGAACAUGAACCCGUAUGCGAACCCGAGCAUGAACGGGUACUCAGGACAGAGCUCAGAACCCUUUCCAUCGCUGAACCAGCCUAUGCCUGAGUUUGGCCAAGCCGAUGCAAUGUCACCGCCGGAGAUCAACAUUGACUUUGCCCCGCCCUCGCGCCAGCCGAGCUUUGAGCCGCCGAAGCCUGAGCACCAGAUAGAUGCGCUGAGCCCGCCUGACCGAUCACGUAGUCGGAACAGGAUGCGCGCCAAAUCCGAUCCAUUUAGUAGCGCUAGUUCGCGCGCAUCUACGCCUGGCUCUGAAGUGCGCCGAUCACUGUCUCCCAACGCCGCAAAGUCUCGAUCUCCCUCGCCUUCAGGCAAGUCUUCUCGCCGCUCGUCUACUUCAAGCGUGCCCAAUCGCGACUACAUUUUGGAUCUUGCAGAUCCUUCGAGGCCUGCGCCUGCUGAUGGGUCAAACCCGAAGCGUACGCAAAAGCACCCCGCGACAUUUCAGUGCACACUAUGCCCGAAGCGCUUUACAAGAGCGUACAAUCUUCGGUCGCAUUUGCGUACACAUACAGACGAGCGUCCUUUUGUGUGCAGCGUAUGUGGCAAAGCAUUCGCACGUCAGCACGAUCGGAAACGACAUGAAGGACUACAUUCUGGGGAGAAGAAGUUUGUGUGCCGCGGUAAUCUCAAAGAUGGUAGCAACUGGGGUUGUGGCAGGCGCUUCGCUCGUGCGGAUGCUUUGGGUCGUCACUUCCGAUCUGAAGCUGGUCGCGUAUGUAUUCGUCCCUUGCUUGAAGAGGAGGCACGCGAGAAGGGUGAAUGGGAUGGCCAGAAUCAGCAGAUGAACAACGGCAACGGCAUGUUUGCGCCAAUGCCUGCUCAGAACUUUGGCGGUAUGAUGUCUGGACAGCCUGGCUUUGAUUCAUACUCUCAGCCCGGUGGCAUGCAAUCAUCGCAGCAGUUCUUGCCAGCAGCUCUUCUAGCUCAGUACCCUGCGCUUGCGGGUAUUCAAUGGGACCAGCUCCCUGCCGGACCGCCUGACGAGGAUGGAGACGUUAGCGGUCGUAGCAGUUUUGAUGCUUCUAGUGGAGGCGAAUACUACGAAGAGGAGAAUGAGUACCAGCAGGGCAAUCACCAGACCAUUUAUGCCGGUGGCAACAAUGGCUGGGUCAGCGAUUCCUAUGACGGACGGUGAUAUUUUCGGCUUCUUCUCCUUAUGAUCCUCCUACGCGUUUAUGACUACAUCAACUUUCUGUCGCUUCAUAUGUUAGAUACCACUUUCACUGCUUUAUGCGCGAGAGCAGGGUCAUCUUAUACCCCGGGAUUUGAGUACACAAAGGAGUUUUUGCGAUGUUUCCGGGGCUUGCCUGAGGGCGUUUGCUGUAGACGAUAGUAGAUUUUACGUAAUCGACUAUUUUUGUUCA